ACUCAGGAAGCAGCACUAUCACCAUCAGCACAGCCAUCAGCGUUACAAAUCGAGCGGCAGCAACAACACUGGCAGGCCCCGUCGUCGUCGUGCUGGUUGUUGCGUUGCGCUCAGCAGCGAUGCGGCGGCGCCUCGGCGUUGGCAGCAGCCUGCGACAGCACAGCGGGACUUGCCUAGAGUCCCCGCUACGCCGGCGCCCAUGCGACAGGACACUUUUCCCGCAGCAUCAGCAGCAGCUAAUCGAGCCACGGGACCAUCAAGCAUCAUCAUCCCCAGCAGCAGCAGCGGCAAGAUCAUUCAGAGGCGGAGGGACGACGGCGACGCGGCGGCCCUCAGACGCUCAGUCACUGCCUUGGACGGAGGCUCGCCCCGUUCCGUCGGCGCUCACAGCACUGCCUUCCAGAGGAGCCCGCAGCCGCGGCGCCGCAGCCGGCCGAUCCUCUUCGUCCUGUACCUACUAGCUCUGCUGCUGGUGGCGGGUGCGGCCGAGACUCCCAAGCAGCAGCAGCAGCAGCAAAAGAAGCAGGCGCCGCGGCAUCCUUACAACGAAUACACCUGGGAGCUGAACCAGAUAAACCCGUGGCUGUCGGCGUGCGACCUGGCGGGACCGGCGCCCGCCGACCUACAAGGCAGCUGCGGACCACCGGAGGUGCCCAAAUCGUGCCCGGGCCCCUGUCCCUCGGGGCCCGAGCUCUUCGAGCGCGUGCUAGCCAUGCUCGAGCGCCUCGGCAACGCGACCGUCAUCCAGAGGCCCAGGCGCAGUGUCACCGCGACGGAGAGCAGCAGCAGUAAAAGUGACAAGAGAACGAGAAGAACGACGGCGGCGGCGGCGGCGGCGGCGGCUCCGGAACAGUGCCUUUUUUACCUCGAGGAGUCGCACAAGAAGGAAGUCUGCCGGGAGGACUUUGGGCGGGCCAGCUCGCGGAGUUACCCGACGCCGCGGGAGAAUCGAUAUUGGUUCAUGAGCGGGCUACGGCUGCGACACUGCUGCGAGCACGCGGCGGUCAACGCCCUGGCGCCGGGUCCCAACGGCCCCUUCGAGGCCGUCCUCAACGGCGGCGACCCAUGCGUCAAGGCCUUGGACAAGCUCCUGCUCGUCGACGCGCUCGCCGCCAGACUGCACUGCGAGUUCGAGGAGGUGCUCGCGAGGUACGACUGCGGCCAGACCUACUCGGUCAUCCACAACUGCACCCACUGCAAGGAGGCGUAUAGAAAAUGGGUGUGCAGCUCCCUGGUGCCUUACUUUGCUCAUGGGGGACCGCUGGACUUUGAGUCCUCGGAGGAAUCUUGGACCGGCCGGAGAAUACGGCCCUGCCGGUCCCUAUGCCAAUCCGUGGAACAACGCUGUCCCUACCUACUUCCGGGAGACCGUGCGCCUGCAUACCCUACGCAAUACGCCGGCGAACCCACCUUUCUUUGUCGAGAUCCCAAUAUACCCGAGACGGGGGAGCAGGCUGCGAGGGCGCUGCAUCCGAAUACGGCGGACGAGUGCUGCUUCAACGUUUGCUCCGAGGACGAGCCGGCGCAGGGCAUCUGUGCCAACUGCACGGGUAGCGUGCCCUACAUGGGCCCUAAGAACCCUGAUCCCCCGACAGCACCGCAAUGCGACAUCACAUCCCUCCCAGGUCCACAGCAACCCGCGAGGUCGCCGUCGUCGCUGUGUGGCAGCGGCGGAAUUGGUUCGAUGAUCAAUCCCGACGACGACGACGCCGAGCAGUCGGCCACUUCCCUAUCGCCGGAUCCAUCGGCCGAACCAUCCUCACCGAUCACCGCCACCGCCACCGCCACCACCACCACCACCACCACCACCACCAGCAACACCGCUACCACGACUACAACCACCACCACUACCACCGCCACCACUACAACCACUACAAUCAGCACCAGCAGCGCCGCGACGACGACCUCGUCACCGGUGCCGCUGCUCUGUCUCUUCUGGCUCUGGGGCGUCCUGUUCUCCAGCCAGUGCUCGGUGCGCUGCCUCCUCGAGUUCGUCGGCCUGGCGGAACGCUGCCUCCGAGCCUUUCGCGUUACCGGCGCUCGCCUCAUUCUACUGCUCCUCCUGGCGCCACUUCCGGCCUUGAGCCGUCGCCAGCCUCAAGGUCGCCGUCUCCGUCGACCCCAUCGUCGCGGCGCCCGCGGCUGGCGCUGCCUCGCGGCUUCACCGCUGCAGCUGGUCCGCUCCUCGGUCGCGACCACCGUGAGCUCUGCCCGCGGCGCUACUGUCGCGAAGCCGAGUCCGUGCAGGGGGCGUCGCCUGCGCUGCUACUGCUGCUGCUGCUGCUACCGCUGGUGGCUCUGGCCCAGCCGCUGGAAGGGCGCCGAGUGGCCCCCCUACCGCCGCCGCGGUAGGGGUCCGCGCGUCGGGGCUCGCAGGGGGCGUUGCUGUGGCUGGUGCUACUGGCGCUGGCUGUGGCCUUGCAGGUGGAAGCCGAAGGGUCGGGGCCCCCUGACUCGGCUCCUGGCGUUCAGGGGCCAGCAACAGCCGCUCUGGCCGCGCAAGAAGCGCCGACGGAAAGUGCGCUUCGGCGCCUCCUGCUGCCGCGAGCUCGACCUCGCUCGGUCCACCUCCUGGUGCAGGGAACCGUCUUAGGGGGCUCCCGCGAGGGCUGCCGCCACCGGCUUCGAACCACCGACUUUCUUUGCUUCCUUCCACACACUUCUCUCCGCCGAGGAGCUGAACGACGUGCGAGACGAACAAACAGACAAAAAAAAAUGUACGAGAAGAAGAAGAGAAUUUUCACGCCGCGCCGAUCGAACGUGCGAACGAACGACGGACGGGGCGGGCAUAGAGCGCGAGAGAGCUUGCGGCCGAGCGGAAUGCGAGCAUGGAAUUCGCGUUUCGGCGAGGCCGGGAACUCGACCGACACACACAGAGGCUUACGAAUGUUUAAAGGCUAAUGGGAAUAAUAAUAAUAAACAAUAAUACAAUAAUAAUGAUUAAUGAAUAAUUAACGAUUAACCGAGUCGACAUGCAGCGAGAGAAAGAGAGAGAGAGAGAGAGAGAAAGAGGACGAAAGAUUGCGAAUGGGUCUGAAAGAGAGUGUGUCUUAGCGAGCGUAUGCGAGAGUGCGCCAGAAAGAUGAAAAUUACGAACGCAUAAAGCCAAACACAUGCCAGAGGACACAUAACGUGAGCCGAAGUAUGCGAGUAACGUUAUUAUUAUACAUAUUAUUAUACAUAGCGCGAGGGAAAAAUAAAUUUUCGCGAAAGCACGGCCGAAUGGAAAGAUGAAGGAUAGAGGGGGGCACACACAUACAGUUAAACGGUACACACGCACAGACGCGAGAGGCAGAAAAGGGAGAGAGAUAGAGAUGGAAGAGGCUCGAAGGACGACGUCCGUGACGCAAUUAUUAUUAUAUAAAUUAUACUGACGUAUUAGCGCGCCGCUGCGAGCUGGCGUGUCCCAGUUAAGCGUAACAUUAUUUAACCGGGCAGCCGGAGAGAUAUGUCGUUUGAUUGAUGGUCGGCGCCGCCGCCUCGAGAGAGUCAGAGAGAGGGUGAAAAAGAUCAUAUAGAUAUAGAGCAACUGUGCGCGAGUACGUAUAUUGGUGCGAGCUGAUGUAACAGCGUUUUAGCCGCGCGGGUAUGUAACGUAUAACAAUAUACAGUGUGGCGCGGGCGCGUGUACGGGAAAUUCGAACUUGUUCGAGGUACUUACGGGCUAAUUCUUUUCCUUCCUCAUUUUCUUAUCUCAGAGAAAAGAAAAUAAACAAAAAACAAGAGAGUCACACACGACGAUGAAGUAAUGGAAAUAAAAAAUAUACAAAUAUAUAUUAAUAAUAUAUUAGGAGUUUCGUUUUCCUCCCCGAGAUAUACAAUAACCAUGGUAUUAGAUUCUAUUAUAUUUUUUUAAAUAAAGUAAGAUGAUACUGUUACUGUUAGACUAAAUUAAUUAAUUUUAUAAAAAGUUGCAAAAAAAACGUUUUCUUAAAAAAUAAAAAUAAAUAAAUAAUGAAUGAACAUAAUAUACAUACAUAUAUAUACACAUAUAUAUAUAUACAGACACCUAUGAUAAAAAGAGGAAACCCGUUGUUAACGUUCGACUUUUUUGUACACCAGACGAGUUAAAGAGAGAGAAAGAGCGAGUGAGAGAGAGAGAGAGAGAGAGCGAGCGCGAGAGAGCCACAUACACAUUCUUCUAAUGAGCAUGUCGAUCACACUUUCAGCCCAAAAUGUAUACAACACACACAUAGAGAAAUUCCCCGGCUAUAUCGUAGACAGGAGGAGAUAACUAUACUCGCGCGAAAGGAGGAAUCGCGACUGCACACAGAGACUGCAGAGAAAAAAAGUAUAAUGAUAACACACGAGCUCGCGCGCGUGAAAGAGUGGAGCGCCUAAAGGAAUUUCCGCGUGCACGCGGACGUGCUAUCGCCGACACAUCUACGACAUACCUAUAUAUACAUAUAAUAGUGAGAGAGAGAGAGAGAGAGAGAGAGAGAGAGAGAGAGAGAGCGCAAAUACGUGAGUGUGUGUGCGUGUAAACGUAAGUAUAUGUGUGGGUAUGUGCGAGAGAGAGAAAGAGAGUGAAAGAGCCCGAGGCGACUUAACACGAGGCGCGGCGCCGCCGCUCGUGCAGCGUUCGCGGGCUUCGCGCCGUUUAACGACUGCAUACAUAGCUACGAUUGACGCGCCGCAAACGAGAGAUGAAACACUGUACGCAUAGCACAUUACAAUAGAGGAGAUUAUUAUAAGAUGAGAGAGAGAGAGAGAGAGAGGGUAUGUGUAUAAGCGCUCGCGCGACACGAAUGCAAAUUUUGAAAGAGCGAGAGAAAAUUACGCCUCACGGCGCAUACGCUGUACCAGAGCGGGAGAGAAAGAGCGAAGUGGGAGACAUAGAAGAGGAAGAUACGCGCGAGGCAACCGAAGCCGUUAUCGAGGUAUAAUAUGUGUUCGUUUAGACAUUAUAUACAUAAAAUAAAUAUUGUAUUAAAAAAAACUAGAUUAUAAAGUGACAAAAAAAAUGAGCGAGUCAGACAAAGGAGCUACAAGACGACGAAGUGCCGGGGGCGCAGGGCUGCGUGUGCAAGCGAGCGAGAGAGAGAGAGAGAGAGAGAGUGCGUUAUACAAACAGAAUUAUUAUAAUAGCGCGAUCGUCCGCAUCGAGCGAUUAUAUAUACACAUACACAUUGACGAAUUAUAUACACAGGCGAGAGAGAGAGAGAGAGAGAGUGAGAGCGAGAUCUUGUAGAUUGCGAUUGCGGCCCCCACCCACACGUACAGAGCUGCAACAGCCACAACGUAAGAACUAACACCUCCACCCCCUGUGUAUGAGAGAAUGUGAGAGAAAGAGAGAAAGAGAGAGAGAGAGAGAGAGAGAGAGAGAGAGAGAGAGAGAGAGAGAGAGAGCGAGAUGAAAAAGUGAAAGGCGAGCACCGAUGCACCGACUCGGAUCUACUUCGUUAUAUUAUAUAGGAUUGUUCGUUUUUCCGUUGAAACCGAUGAAACUUUUUGAGACGAGAAUCUUGCGUUGAUUCAUUUUUUGCGGGAACACCAUGGUGACACACGGACACACAUACAUACAUGCUGUACGAGUAUAUAUAUAUAUAUAUAAAUAUAAAUUAUAAGAGUGGCUCGGGGGCUCGAGCGUCGUGUUGAUAAACCCCCGGGUCGAGCGAGCGGAAAAGGCGCACCGUAUAAGGUGGCACGAGGAAACGACGCGGAUCAGUUGUUGUUGUUAUUCCUUUAUCUUCUUCUUCUUCUUCUCCUUCCUGUAUAUUGUCUUACCUCGACUGCGGAAAUGCCAACGGCUGCGCGUUAUACACCUUUUUCCUUCCGUUCGAUAACGUCGUUGCUCGCUCUGACGCCUAAUUAAGAGUAUUAUAUACCGAGAGGAAUCGCGAGCUUUAUCGUUUGUCAAAAGAAAAAAGAAGCACUUCACUUGUUCCAUGAUUUUCUUCAAGUCCGUCGAGAGAGGUCUCGUUGAGGAUACACAUUACAAUAUUAGAGAGAAGUCGUAUGCAUUUCCGCUCGUCUGCACCGCCCGGAUAAACACGAUACACUCGUCCCACUCGUUCUCUCGGGCUCGAAGGCGUCGUCGCGCGAGAGCAAGAUAAAAAAAUCGAAGGGGGAGAGGACUCGAGCCACCGAGAGAACGAGAGGGAAGCGCGAGGGCGGAAAGUCACGAUACGCACAACUUGUAACACUCACGACCUGUAUGUCCGAGACGUAAUUCCCCGAGAGAUCCGCGUUUUUUACGAGACCGCAGAAAAGCGCGAAAAAAUGUGAAAAAAAAAGAUAUAUAAAAAUAAAGAAACAAAAAAUAAAAAAAUAAAAACAUAACGAAGGGGAUACCGGGCCGAAAUUUUACAUUUCGCGCUGUCAGAUCCCGCGCCGCCCAUAUAUACGACCCGAUGAAGACGGGCCAAGUUGUUAGUUAUCGCGCUUGCACCGUUUUAUAACCUUUCCUCUCCUCCCCCGCCCCUCUCCGAUCCCCCGUGACUCCCUCAGAGAGCUGUCCCUUUUCGAAUCCUUGGAGACGCUUGCGAGGUAAAUACUUAUAUACGUGUACAAGUCCUCGUCGUUUUCUCGUCAUAGUUAUAUACACCAAAAAAGAUUUUCGUUUCUGUGAAAAAGAAUGAAAAACGAGAGAGAGAGAGAGAGAGAGAGAGAGAGAGAGAGAGAGAGAGAGAGAGCGAGAGAGAGAGAGAGAUGAUAAUGUCGAUGAUGAACUUUUCGUUGUGUAGCGCGUCUUAACAUAAAUGGGAGAGAUCGACCCGUGAGAACAAAAAAAUUUUAAUCCGAGAGGAGAGAAUCUGUCUUGAUUCAAUGUUGAGUGAACGUUGGACCAUUGUGUAGGGAAAACCGUUAAGCCGACGCUGGGCCGAUGUGUAUAGCCGAAUAAAGUGACAAAAAAAAAGAAAAUAAUGCUCGAGAAAUUUAAGGAAACAGAACAAAAAAAUUUUUAGAUGCGCACUCUGUUUAGGAGGCUCGUUUAAAGUGCGUUUAGGGGAACUUGAAGGCCCACCGAAAUUUAAAGUCGAUGUACUUAGACACUGUUUGAUUAAUAAAAAAAAAGAUAUAGAAAAAGGUGUUUUUUUCUAAUAAAAAAAAUCGUUUGUUCAAUAUGACGAAUAAUUGCAAAAAAAAAACGUUAAAAACACACACACACAAAGAAAGAAUCACAACCGAUUAACGAUAAUGAAAAAACAAGCAGAUCGAGGACGUUUACACGGAAUCGACAAGAUUCGUGCGGAUUUCCAAGGCAAUCUGCCAACGAGGAGCUUUUAUUGAACACAAACGAACCUUCUCCUUCUCCCCCACUCUCCCACACCCGAUUUCCAGCAACAACCGAACAGCCCUCACCUCGUCCGAUCCGACUCCCACAUCAAAGCAUAGGCAAAAGCAAAACAGUAUAAAACAUAUAGAGAUCGUGGACUCGCAAACACCCAAGUUAACGUUUUUAGAGCGAUAUAUAAUGCUUCCUAAUUCUUUUUCCUCAUUAUAUACUUUCGUUUGAGUGUGUAACAUCAUAGUAUUUUUGUGACGAUCGUUCGUAUACGUAGCUCAUAGAUUCGCGAAGAUUUUUCUACGAGUUCUUUUAUAGUAGUUUUAUAGAGGAAGAGUUUUAUUGAGUAGAGAUUAAGCUUCGCAUAUAACGAAAGUAGCUAAAUGAAACAGAAAAAAAAAACAUGAAACAAACAACAAGUUGUAAGGCUCGAUACCGA